AUGGAGAUCAUCAUCGUCGGCGCCGGAAUUGCCGGCCUCAGUGCUGGUAUUGCUCUGCGCAGAGCAGGACACAUAGUAACGAUUCUCGAGCAGUCCGCCCUGCUCCAGGAGACUGGGGCCGCCAUUUCGAUAGCCCCGAAUGCAUCGCCGGUCCUCCGCAGCUGGGGGUUCGACAUUGCGCAGUCCCGUAUGGUCGCCAUCAAGACCGGAAGCAUCCUCAACGGCAGUAACAUGCAGAUGAUGGUGCCCAACUACUACGCGAACAUUGAAGAGAACUAUGGCGCUCCCAUUUAUGCAGUUCACCGCGUCGAUCUUCAUGACCAACUCAAAGCGCUGGCAACAGGAGAUGAUGGACCAGGGCAGCCGUGCAAGUUGCAUGUUCGAGCCACGGUGGCUGACUAUGUGAGCCCCACUCCCGCCAAAUUGGUGUUCUCUCGGGACGUUGCUGAUCAUUUCCGUCAGGAUCCUCUGCAUGCAAUGGUAACCACUGCCGACGGCACAGUCUGGCAGGCGGACUUGGUCAUUGCAGCGAACGGCGUGCACUCGACGGCCAGAGACCACGUCCUCGUCACAGACGAGAGCCACGCUAGUGACACGGGCUGGUCAACUAUGCGAUGGCUAGUGCCGACACAGGAGUUGCUAGCGGACCCGGCUACAGCCUCUUUGGUGGAAGAUUCCACCCAGAGGUACUUCGUGGGCGCUCGGGGAGGGGGCUUGUCAUUCGAAAGCGAGAAUGUCACCGAAGGCAUGUACACCCCACUCGAGCCGACCAUGGUAAUGGACUAUGCAAAGAAGGAAUUCAGUCCAGCUCUGCAAGCUGUUCUUGCGAAAGCCACGGAUGUUAGAUUCUGGAAAUUGGUGGCUAGAAACCCACUGUCUUCGUGGCGCAAAGAUUCUCUUGUUCUGAUUGGCGAUGCUGCUCAUCCCAUGCUUCCUUUCCAAGCUCAAGGCGGCGCGCAAGCCAUCGAAGAUGCCGCUGUUCUCGGCAUUCUCUUGGAUCAAGUACAAGAUAAAGCCACCUUGGAUAUGCGUCUCGGACUCUUUGAAAAUAUUAGGAGGGGUCGAGGUUCGGCAAUCCAGACGCUCUCCAACUCUGGACCUCCAAUGCCACAAAGCGUCCGCGAUGCUGCUGCCCAGUUCCUCCCCGAAGGCACGAGCUUACAGAGUCAGGAUGAUGUCAUCGAUGUCAUUUUCUCUCAUGAUGUCGUUGGCAAGACGAAGGAGAUUCUCGAGGCGAGUGUGUCUGGACAAGAUUACAAAUCAAACGUAACGCAGUUUGGUGGAACAAAGUUGUAA